AUGUACCAUUAUUCCACUCCACCUCCCGGGUGGUCGACUUUCGAUUACACUACCUCUCCCCCUACCUCUCCUCACUACGCCUACUACGCUACCCAAUUUGCCAGUCCCUUCGCCUCCCCCCGAGGGACCUCGAAGCGUCAUAACCGCAAGGCCAGUUACGCCGCGACGGAAAAGCCUGGAGGAUGGCAAUCCGCGUACGCUCCCAGCUUCUAUGAAGCCACGCCUGAAUAUGGCUCGUCGCCGUCGCCGCGCAAGCACGAUCAUGUUCCAGCAUUCGAUGACAUGGAAACCGCCAAGCGAUCUCGUGCGCGCCGCCAGUCGACUUCCACCCGCAUCCCGCCCAAGCCCAAGCCCGCCUCCUCGUCUCAGCCGCCACCCAAGGCCACCGAGGAAGACGCCGUCCGCGCCGGUAUUCCCGAAGGCUACUCGACCAAGAACUGGGAUCCCACCGAAGCGCCCAUUAUCCUGUUGGGAAGUGUGUUUGAUGCCAACUCGCUGGGCAAGUGGAUCUACGACUGGACGGUGUUUUACCACGGCGCGUCGACUCCGAUGGCCGACGUCGCGGGCGAUCUGUGGUUGUUGCUGAUCAAGCUGGCCGGUAAGGUCAAGCGGGCCGACGAGUGCGUCAACCGGAUCCAGCGGAUCGAAUCGCAGGAGAUUGUGGCGGAUUUCCUCGAGAGUGGCGAGCGGCUGUGGGGACGAUUCAAGAAGCUGCUCAAGGCCUGUGAACAUUUCAUGUGGAAGGCCGCCAAGCGCGAAGGUGGCAAAACCGUAUCGAUGGGCAAGAAUGCGGGCUGUGAAUUCGUCGAGUCGUUAUUCGGACGGGAUCGCGAAUUGGAAAACACAGAGAAGUUGAUGAACAGCAUUCGCCUGUGGAACAUGCGCUUUGACGCCAACUGCGAGGACAUUCUCCGAAAGCCGUCUUCUCCUUAG